GGAAAACGGCCGUUCCAUUGUUCAUUAGCCGGGUCCACACCGGACGAUCCAUCGCGCUCCGAUCGCGCGCGGCAGCAGCGCGAUCCAAAGAUGCAGGCGGUGUGGACGUGCCGCGCGCGAUCCAUGCGCACGUAUUGGAGCGCGCGCUCCCUACCUCGCGCGAUCCGUGUGCGGUCGGUUUUUGUGCCAGCCUCAAAGGUGCCUCAGUUGCGUGAUGCGCGCGGUGUGGACGGUUGUGUUGGUUCGCGCGAUCCACCUCGCCAUGGACAUCUCAGAAAGUCGCCGUUUGAUAUCGCUUUAUAAAGAAUUUAAAUGUUUAUGGGAUCCCAAAGAUUCUAAUUACACCAAUAGAGGUGUUAGAGAUGAUGCUUGGUGUCAGAUUUCUCGUGAAAUGGGGAAUAAGUCGAUCGAGAACCUAAAGAAAAAAAUGCGAUCUCUGGCGGGAGGCUACAGAAGGGAGAAACACAGAGAGAAGCAAAGCCGUAUAACUGGAUCCGGUGCUCAAGAUACAUAUAAAUCAAAGUGGUUUGCGUAUGAUGACUUCGACUUUAUGGCGGAUAAAAAUGAACCCGGAACCACACGCGAUACAUUGGAACAUAUUGUAGAAUCUGAUACGACUGAUGGGGAACUUGAAGUUAAUACUACAGUGAGCGAAAACGAGAACAGUAACAUUACUAGUGACACACAACCGGAGAGAGCCAACCACCACACAGAUCAGAGUAGAGAGCAGAAUGAUCAGAAUGCACAAUCCAGUGUCCAAACAACAAACAAAAGAACAAAAAAAAGAAAGAAAACUACUUCUAAUAAUGCAGAUGACAUAUCAGAUGAAACUCUUUCAGAGGCUUUCCAACUUCUGCAACAAUGUGCUCAGCCACCACAACCGGAAACUGAUUCUUACAUUGCUUUCGGGCAGUAUAUAUCUACUGAAUUGCGGAAAUAUGAUGCAGUAACAUUAGUUAAUGUCAAAAAUGCUAUAUGCCAAGUUAUUUUUCAAGCUGACACAGGAAGAUAUGGGGAUAGCAAUUAUGGAUAUUACACUAAUUCAUACCCUGGCACACCAAUAGCAUCCACUUCAUCACAGUCCCAGUCUCUACAACCUCAAAAUUAUCCAGCUCCAAUUCCACAGACAUCACCGUCUGCUCAUCUAGCCUCCAAUUCAUCGCAGUCCCAGUUUCUGAAACCUCAGGAUUAUUCACUUCCACAGUCACCACCGAAUUAAAUAAGUACCUACCUAUAUCAUGUUUUCAAAAAAUAAUUAAUAAUUGUAAACAUGUUACUUCUUUAAAUUAUGAUUGUAAUA